ACAGCUCGGUACUGGAUCCGAUGAAAUGCUUCCACGCACUCCGACCACCUUCCGCCUUGGCUCCGACGGGGACGACAUGCGUACAAUAGCGAAGGUAAAUUCACGCGGACUCCGUCAUCUAUCCCGGCCACCAGGUACCAGAACCGUCAGUCUGUCCGUUGCGGGGCCCCGGAUUCGUCGUAGUACAACCCCACAGUCUCUCCCCAGUUGGGAGUUCAACUCCACGAUCUGUCAGGAUCCCUGACUUGGGUCCAAAAGCCCAUUUAAAAAUUCGCAAUGGGAGCGCAAACUUACGAGUAUAAAUAGAGACGCCUCGCCACAAACAUACCAUCAUCCCCAGGUUAUCAAUAGCAUAUUGUUACCAUGCUUCUCUCGUGGCUUGUUCGCGCCGCCCCAGCGGCUCUCCUCCUGGUCGGUGUGAAUGCCUCUCCGGUGGCGGAUCAUCGGAAGAGGGCCUCACUCGACGACUUCAUCAAGACUCAAACGGAGAUAUCCUUGAAAGGAGUUCUUGCAAACAUCGGCCCCGAUGGUAGCAAAGCCGGAGGGGUGCCAGCGGGAAUCGUGGUAGCCAGUCCUUCAAGGUCCAAUCCUGACUACUGGUAUACCUGGACUCGCGACGCUGCGCUGACAUACAAGGCUCUGGUGGAACGACUCAUCGCGGGCGACACAUCCCUCAAGCAGAAGAUCGACGACUAUGUGACUGCUCAGGCGUACCUGCAAGGCGUAUCAAACCCUUCCGGUGGGCCAGAUACGGGUGGUCUCGGAGAACCAAAGUUCAAUGUUGACCGAACCGCGUUCACUGGUGCUUGGGGCCGGCCACAGCGUGAUGGACCAGCGCUUCGGGCAACUGCCCUCACCAUCUACGCCAACUGGUUGAUUCAAAAUGGCGGCGCGACGCAAGCCAAAAAUACCGUCUGGCCUGUCAUUGCCAAGGACCUUGCCUACGUUGUCAAGUACUGGAAUCAGACCGGCUUUGACCUCUGGGAAGAAGUGAACGGCUCGUCCUACUUCACCAUCGCUGCAUCUCACCGGGCGCUUGUCGAAGGUGUGGCUUUGGCUACUAAGCUUGGCCAGCAGUGCACUGGAUGCGCCGAAGCUGCACCCCAGGUUCUAUGCUUUGCGCAAAGCUUUUGGACUGGCAGCUAUAUCGACUCGAACAUCAACGUGAAUGACGGUCGCACCGGAAAAGACGUCAAUUCUAUCAUCUCGUCCAUUCACACGUUUGAUCCAAAUGCCAACUGCACUGACGCCACUUUCCAGCCGUGCUCAGCUCGUGCGCUUGCGAAUCACAAGGCAGUGGCUGAUUCUUUCCGUUCCAUCUAUGGAGUAAAUAAGGGCAUUGCUCAAGGCCGGGCAGUGGGGAUUGGAAGGUACUCGGAAGAUGUCUACUACAACGGGAAUCCAUGGUACCUAGCUACGCUGGCAGCAGCCGAGCAGCUCUACUCCGCCAUCUAUCAAUGGGACAAGCAAGGGUCCAUAACAGUCAACUCCGUUUCUCUUCCUUUCUUCCGGGAUAUACUUCCUUCUAUCUCCGUGGGGACUUAUCAAAAGGGCUCCUCGACCUACGCUUCCAUCCUUUCCGCGGUCAAGACGUACGGAGAUGACUUUAUUGCCGUCGUGCAGAAAUACACGCCCGCGAACGGUGCGCUGGCCGAGCAGUUUGACAGAAACAACGGCUCACCUCUUUCGGCGGCGGAUUUGACCUGGUCUUAUGCCGCUUUUCUCACCGCCACCGAACGUAGAGCUGGUGUUGUUAGCCCGACCUGGGACGAGCCGUCUAACAACGUUCCACCGAAAGCCUGUACCGGAACUCCGGCGUGCAACACCAAGACCACUUUCAACGUUCGAGCGACCACCACUUUUGGCGAGAAUAUCUAUGUCACCGGUCAACUGACCCAGCUGGGCAAUUGGAGCCCCGCCGAUGCGAAGCCUCUGAGCGCCAGCAAGUAUACCAACAGCGACCCUCUCUGGUUUGCAGAGAUUGAGUUGCCGGCUGGGACAGUGUUUGAGUAUAAGUACAUCCGGAAGACCGCCAACGGCCAGGUCGUGUGGGAAAGCGACCCGAAUCGCAGGUUUACCACUGCGGUUGGGUGCGGUAGCACUGCGACUGUGAACGAUACGUGGAGGUAGGUAUUCCUAGCAUCGUCAGGUUAUCGAUACAGUACAUUGGGUCAAGGAGCACUUUCUAAGCUCCCUUGAGCCUAGCAUUAGCACAAUAUGGAAAUUCCUUUCAAACUGAGUAAAUCCUAGUAACAAAAUAUCUUUCUUUGCGCUGGUGGUUCGAGAGGGUGAUAUUCUCAUAUCUCCAUGUUUCUGUCGCACUUCGAAGGGCAAUGCAUUGCGGAAACAUGGUCUCUAUUUCUUGAAACCAGCAAAAAUUUUCUUGGUGAUAGAAGCC